AUACCACACGUCAAUAUGUCCUUCCGUGGAAGAGGAGGUGGCGGUGGUGGAGGCCGAGGUGGGUUUGGAGGAAGAGGCGGUGGGCGCGGGUUCGGUGGCGGCAGAGGUCGCGGCGGCGGUGGUGGAGGCUUCAGACAACAGGACGCAGGCCCUCCCGAGUCGGUUACACCUUUCGGCCACUACGGCUGGACUGUGCAAGAAGACCUUGUGUGUAAAAUUGAAAUCGAGGACGUCCCUUACUUCAACGCGCCUAUUUACCUUGAAAACAAGGAACAAAUCGGUAAAGUUGACGAAAUAUUCGGCAACUUACAUGACUAUUUCGUAUCAGUUAAACUAGCGGAAAACAUAAAAGCGAAGAGCUUCAAGGAAGGACAGCAGUUCUUCAUCGAUCCCGGAAAACUAUUGCCAUUGAAGAGGUUCUUGCCCCAGUUGCCUGGUCAGCGUGGUGGUUUCAGAGGCGGCCGCGGUGGCCGAGGCGGCCCUAGGGGAGGUGUGGGAGGUUUUAAUAGAGGUGGUGGAGGCCGAGGCGGCGGUGGCUUUGGUAGAGGCGGAGGCGGUUUUGGAAGAGGUGGGGGAGGAGGUGGAUUCGGCAGAGGUGGAGGUGGCGGAGGGGGUUUUAGAGGUAAUGGAUACAGCCGCGGAGGAGGCGGCCGCGGUGGAGGGUUCAGAGGCGGUCGUGGAGGAAGAUAGUGAUGAACAAUCAGUGUACAUGUGGAAAAACAAUGAGAGAUUUUAUAGUUCUCGUCAAAUAUUCAUAAAUGUUAUUUUAAGUUUGAUUGACAAAAUUUUUACUGUUAAUCUUUGAAAUAUACAUUAUGACUGCAUAUGAUAAUUAUGCGUAUAUUUGUUUAUUAUAUUAGUUCAUUAUGUCAUUGUGUUUCAACACUAUUGUCGACCUUUCGGAUAAUUUUUAUUAUAUAUAAUACAGUCAGACCUGACAAAGUGCGAAUUCAAGGCACCACACAACUGUUAUAGAAGUUACUUAUUAAGCUCUUUUUGUAGCUCAAAGAGAGAUCACAAAAAGUAUGUUUUCCAAUCACCCAGUUCAUACUUGAUUUUAUAUGACAGUAGUUAGAUUUAAGAAUUGAAUGUGUACAUUGUGGUGAGGGCGACAUGGAAUAUUUUUAUAAUAAGUAAUAAAAUUUAUAAAAUACCA